UUUUGUCUCACGACCAGUCUACACGCCUUCCAUCCUACUGAAGCCGUCAUCAUUUACCAGCUUCAACAUGAGAGCUAUUGUAUUGCUGUGUCUGCUGCAUGCAGCUUUUGGUCAGGAUAAUAGGUAUGGGUGGAAUGGACCUUCCAGCACCGUUGCACAGCCGAAUCAAGACCGAAGCAGUGAGUGUCUUGCAGACCCGGCGUCAUGCGGCUGCUGUCUGAUGCAGAAACAGGUAGAGAGGAUGGAGAUGUUCUUUAACUAUACCUAUGCAGAAAUGAAGAAGGAGAUGACAAAAACAAAGGUGAUCCUCGACAAUAUGAGAGCCAGCCGCAGUGCCUUCUCUGUCGCCCUAAACAAUAACAUUAGUCUUACCUGCUUUGGACCCUUCACAACUGAAAGGUUCAUCAUCUACAAAAAUGUCUUCAUCAACCUGGGAAACAACUACAAUGUACAGACCGGUGUUUUCACCGCUCCCCGCUCCGGUGUCUACAGCCUCUCCAUCACUGUCUACAGCAGUUCUGUAAACUUACCGCUCCCCUGUGCCAAUCUGCUGGUUAACAGCAAAAUGGUGACUUCAGUCAAGGAACAAAAUGGGCAGGAUUCUGAAGACAGCGGCAGUGCUGUUUGGGCCAUGAAACUGAUGGCUGGUGACCAGGUGGCUGUUGUCCUGCCCCAAGGAUGUGCCAUCUGCGAUGACAAAAACCACUAUAACACUUUCACUGGCUUCCUGCUGUAUGCUACUGACUAAGUUAGCAAAUGUAUCUGUUCUGGGCUUUGUACCAACUCCUGUCAUAUACUGACUUUGUUAGAUGAAAUCUUUCUGUGGUGACAGUCAUUGUAGCCUCUAAUCUCUAUCUGAUCUUUUGUACCAUCGCCCAUCCCAGCAUGAUGCUGCCAUCCUUAUUUUGUUUGUUUUAUUCCAUCAUGGUUCAGAUCAUGUCCCAUCAGUUACAUUGAUAUUACCUUUCGAGGUAAUCCAUGUUUCUAAUUCACAAUGAAAGAAUUUUUAUGUCACACUGUUAGGGUAUCUUGGUUGUAACAGCUGUUGAUCUUGAAAUACUGAAACAAAGUGAUGUAAAGUUUGAUAGAAACAGGAAUUUUCACUUCACCUGAAACUUAAUAAAAUAAACCAGACUUUUAAACAAA